AUAUUAUACAUUAUUAUAUAAUGAUUGUUAUUUUGUAGCAAUAUUAUAUCAAUUAUUAUUAUUAGUAGGAUUAGUAAUAGUAUUGCUAUUAUUGCUAAUUAUAACUUAUUAAUAAUAAUUUCAUAAAUAUCACGUCUAAUGAUUGAUUAUGUAGUCUAAGCCAAAUCAUCUCCCUGGCUCUACCUUUGAAAGGCUCACGUUUUACAGCCCAAUGAUUGAGUGUUGAUUUAAGUCCAUUUCAAAUGACCAAACACAUCAACCAGAUGAUUAAUGACUUGCUGUGGAGCCUCGGACCGGCCCUUGGACAGGUGAAAGGCCAGACAAACAGGUCCUUCCUGCUCUCGAAACGGUCUGUCAUUACUCAUAAAGUCAAGGAGCACAAGGCCUUUAAUGUUGGGGCCACCCUGAAACUGUCUGCCGAUGCUGUUAUUAGCUACUGCAAUGCAAAAAAUGCGGGCUAUGGAUUGAACCAACUCAAAGAAAAUCUUUCUUGUCGUGCUUCCUUCUGGUGAAAUACAUUUUCAAGGUUACAGAUAAGAUACUAAUUUAUUCAAACUUAAAAACAUCCAUGUCUCUGACCAUAAGUCCUGUUAUCAGUUUGGUCAUCCACUCAGAGAGGCCAUCACAGACUACAGGCCUUGGUUUAAGAGAUCUCUGAGUCUGGACGAUUCCCCUUUAUUACGGGCCAUCUAAAGCUAGCCUAUCUGAAGAGGGUGGAUUGCCCGAGUGGCUCAUUGUAAAUCCCUGGAAACCUCUGAGAUCUAAUUUUUUAUAAAUCCUAUUGAUUAGGAAGUAUAAGAAAAACUUCUGUUAAACAUUUGGGUGGGCCUAUAAUAUGAGAAUGUGCGUCAAAUGGAUGGAUUAGCUCAGGGGCUGCAUCAGACGCUGUGGUCGGUGUUGGUCUGUGGACGUUUCGUCCCAGAAAGGGACAACCAGGACGCGUGCAUGGGAUUAGCAGUUUGUUGUUGUGGAUGAAAUUAAAUGACAUUAAAUUGACUUGCAGAUGCAACGUGGAUUCACAGGCCUUUACUGUAGCCUACUGAUAAAGUUACUGCAUUCAUCCAGAUCGGAUGCGUCGCAAAGUAGAAGACCAUCACCAAAUGGAUACACAUGGGUCUGGGUGACGCCUGGGGCCAGGCUUCACGAGGGAGCCAUCUGGACAACAUGGCCAAAGAACUGGGCUCCCAUCUCCUGCAGACUCUCGAUGGAUUUGUUUUCGUCGUUGCUCCUGACGGAAAGAUUAUGUACAUCUCUGAAACGGCAUCCGUCCAUCUUGGCCUGUCCCAGGUAGAGCUAACAGGAAACAGUAUUUUCGAGUACAUCCACCCAGCGGACCAUGAUGAGAUGACUGCUGUCCUCAGUGCUCAGAAAGCCCCCCACUGCCACCUCUCCCAAGAGUAUGAGAUUGAGCGGUCUUUCUUCCUGAGGAUGAAGUGUGUGCUGGCGAAGCGCAACGCCGGAUUAACAUGUGGAGGAUUUAAGGUGAUCCACUGCAGCGGCUACCUGAAGCUGCGGCAGUACGUGAUGGACGUGCCGCUCUACGACGCCUGGUAUCAGAUCGUCGGCCUCGUCGCCGUGGGGAACUCGCUGCCCCCCAGCGGCAUCACGGAGAUCAAGCUCCACAGCAACAUGUUCAUGUUCCGGGCCAGUCUGGACCUCAAGCUCAUCUUCCUAGACUCCAGGGUGGCUGAGUUGACGGGAUACGAGCCCCAGGACCUCGUUGAGAAGACGCUCUACCACCACGUCCACGGCUGUGACGUCUUCCAGCUCCGCUCCGCGCACCACCUCCUGUUAGUAAAGGGCCAGGUGACCACUAAGUACUACCGGCUGCUGUCGAAGCGGGGAGGCUGGGUCUGGGUGCAGAGCUACGCCACCAUCGUCCACAAUAGCCGCUCCUCCAGACCUCACUGCAUCGUCAGUAUCAACUACGUCCUCACUGACGUUGAAUACCAGGAGCUGCCACUGUCUCAGGAGCAGAACGCGGCCGUCAGGUCCGGCCUUAGCUACAAGAGAAGCCUGGCUUCUCCUCCUCCACCGCAUCACAAACACCUGAAGACCAGAACGCUGAAGGUCAAAACCAGAGUCAAACCCGCCCCGUACCCCACGCCUGCCAAGCUGAGCUGCUCCCCACAGGGGGGGGGUUGGAAAGAGAGCGUGCACGGCGCCACCCCUGGCGGGUCCACCACGGCCCACCUGGAGGAGGGAGAGGGGGGUCGCGGGGUCCACCACAGCCUCAACACCCCCCACGAUCCCGAGGCGGCUCCUUACUGGACCGCCCCCGAGCCGGCCAGGGCCCACCAGCUGCUGCCGAGCUGCACGGCCCUGCAGCACCGGGACGGCCUGCUGAAGGCAGAGCCCAGCCAUUCGCCGGUCGGGAGAAGGCCCACCGCGGGCGCCGACACACUCCACCCCUGCGCCAGGGUGACCAAGGGGGGCGGCCGGGCGGCGUUCGGCCCGGAGCACGGCUACAAACCCACGGGGAGGGAGAGUGAGGGCCAGGGGGGGGCAGGCGCUCCGCCGCCGUGUCCUCUGUUCGGCAGCUUGGUGCUGAGCAAGGGCAUCAGGGAGCAGCCUCGCCCCUUUCACGGCCAGACCUUCCCCAGGCAACGCCUGCUGGACCAGAGGAGGAGGCUGCCCGCGCCCGAGGCGUCCUCGUCCUGCCAUUACAAAGGAUACCUACACCACCACCACCACCACCCUGCCGGGCUCGGCCAGCAGAUCUCCGCCCAGGAGCAGGAGGACGGGGCGCUGGAGAAGGAGGAGAGGAGGAUGUGGAUAGGAAUGGGCAUGGGCGUGGCCAUGGGCGGACCCGCCCAGCCGCCGUACGUGUCGUUGAACCUUCACCAAGUCUUCAGCAAUCGCAGCAGCGCCGUGAAAGCGCCUCCCUGCACCGCGUUGGGGCAUUUUGCAGACGGUUACGGUUGCCACGGUAAUGACGUGGUGUCCUACAGCAAUAAGAGUCAAAGCCCCGCCCUAGGCCCCGCCCAAGGAGGGCAACGCGAGAUUCCACAUUACAUCGGUACAUCCGUGAUCAUCACCAACGAGAGCUGACCGAGGAGGAGCACAGGUGCACGACUCGUGGUCCACGACCGCGUGGAGGACGUCUACUCAAGGGUAUUUCAGGCCUUUUGAAUUGUUCAAUUUUUCACGUUCAGACCCUGGUCCUUCUGUAGUGAGGGGGCAUCACAGGCGGGAGACGCUCAGGCCUUCUUGCUGUUACGGUCCAUCAGCAUCCAUGAGGAACACCUUGGGGAUCGAGUCUGAACGGACGGUAUACAGUGUUUUGUAGAACCUUUCAAAUGUGAGAAUACAAUAGUACUAGUAGCAUUAAUAACGUAAGGAUUUUGAAUUGUAGCAAUAUGUAAGAUACAGUACAUUGUCUUGACCAAAAUAACUGGUUUUAAUCAAAUAGUUCAAGUUAAGAUUUUUUGAAAUAAAAAACUGGUUGGAUACCAAAAAGAAACAUGUUUCUUAGUAAUGCACUUCUCACUUGCAUAUAUUGUAUUUAACAUAUUUUAUUUUACAUUAUUAAUAUGACAUUUGAUGAUACCUUAAAUGGAAAUGGAACCAAACAAGCAUGGAAUUCCCCCUAAAUAAAUUUGACCUGUGUUUUUCCUUAA